AUUGGUGCCACUGAUUAACUUCAAAACAUAACCUAUCUUUAUAUUUGUGUUUAUAUCAUCUAAACUUAAAUAUUUUCAUAUUUCAAUAAAUUAUUUUGAGAAUGAAUUCAAUAAAUGACGAGGAGUUGAGGGGUUGUUUAGUUAAUAAUUUAAUUAUUGAUAAUGUAACAGAAAAAUGUAGGAUAUGCUUGAAUCCUUCGGAUUUAAUCAGCUUGCAAGCUGUGGUUUACGAAGAUUUAACAUGCAAUGGUAUUUUAAUGUCUACUUUAUCACUACAGUUAACACCAGUAGAAGGCUACCCACAAAAUGUUUGUUCUAAUUGUGUCGAUGAAAUAAUAAAAAUCUAUACGUUUAAAUUAAAAAUUGAAAAUACAGAUAAACAUUUAAGUAAUAUUUUAAAUAAAAAAGAAGGAAAACUUAACGAAACUUGUUUGGGAAAAGAUCAUGACUACUUCGUUUAUGAUAAACCAUUAAUUAAAUCUCCUACUGUUAAAUCUCGUCCAAAAAGUAUACAAAAUCCUGAUCUUUUCGUUAAACGUUCAAAGAAAUCUAAAAAAGUAAGAAUGACAAAAGAAGAUGAUAUGAUUGAAGAAGCUGGAAAAAUAUUGUCCACAAAAGCGUUACCAUCAGACUGCAAAAAUUGUAAAGUUCAAUUAACUAAAAAAUUCAAGGCCAACGAUAAAUCAGAAGCUCAAGUUACAUCCAAAUUAUUACCUUGCACACAAUGUGAAAAAAAAUUUACUAAAAGUAAAUUAUUGGAACACAUACGAGUUCAUACAAGAGAACAACCGUUUGUUUGUAAAAUUUGCAACAUGAGUUUUAGUAUUAAAUCGAAUUUAAAGAGGCAUAUGAUGAUUCAUACUGGUGAAAGACCAUUUUUUUGUGACGUUUGUGGAAAAGGUUUCAUCCAAGGAUUAAGUUUAAAAGUACACCGACAAACACACUUUAAAUCAAAAGAUGCAUGUCGUCGUGGUCCAAGACCAAGAGAUCCAAAUCUACCAACACUUGAAUGUCAAAUCUGCGGUCAAACUUUUAAACGCGAAUACAUGUAUCGAGCUCAUUUACUACAAAAACAUAGCGUUACUUCUGGCGCGAUGAGUGAUCCCUUAACAAUAAUUCCAUUAGAUGCUACAUCAAACUUGGAAAUCCCACGACCAUUUAAAUGCCCUAUUUGCCAUCAGUGUUAUACUAGUAAACAAUAUUUAAAACAACAUCAACGUAUUCAUGGCGAAAAAAAAUAUUUAUGUAAUGUGUGCGGUAAACGUUUUCAUCAAAACGCCGCGCUUCAAACUCAUUCAAGAAUCCAUACAGGUGAAAAACCUCACCAAUGUAAUAUUUGCAAGAAAUCUUUUGCGUAUAUUAGUAGUUUAGAUACACAUAUGUUAUUACAUACUGGAGAAAAACCUCACGUUUGUAACGUUUGUGGGAAAGCUUUUACGCAAGUACCUCAUUUAAAACAUCACAUGCGAAUUCAUACAGGAGAAAAACCUUAUCAGUGUACGUAUUGCUCUAAAUGUUUUGCACUUAAAGGAAAUCUAACAGUACAUAUCCGAACUCAUACUGGAGAAACUCCCUAUUAUUGUGAUCUUUGUGGAAAAGGAUUUCACGAUUCUAGUAGUAUGAAAAAACAUCGAAAAGGACAUGGGGACUUUAACAUACAAGUGUUAGAUGUUAUGGAAAAAGUGCAACAAAAUGAAGAUUUUUAAAAAUCAUAUAUAAUGAUUAUUGGCAUUAAAGAAGAAGCCUUUAUUUGUUUCCAAGCUCAGUUUGUUUUAGAUUACAACAAAUUUAUUUAAUAAAAUAGUAUUAUUAUUUUAAUGUAAA